GGUCCGGACUGCGCCCGAUCCCUGUCAUGAGUAGUUCGCGAUGGUUUUUCUUUUCCCUCCCACCCUCGCAGCUCACCUUUUAUCUGGCAGGACACGCAACUCGGGACCGGGAGGCGCUGCGCGCCUUCGCCCAAAUCGCUCAGAAAUAGGAUAUGUCGAGGAUCGCGAACAUCGAGUAUUCAUAGCACGGUAGUCGAGACAAUGUUAAUGUGAUUCUCCAAGCAGAACUGCUCCAAGUGACUCGCAAAGACCCUUAUUACGAACCCAAUAAGCGCCUUGCGGCUAUCAACUUGAAAACCAGCCUCACUUCCCUCCCGCAAAGUAGUAAUCCUACUACCCACUGGCAUGAAGAGACUCGCGCCUCAACACGAUAUCCCUACCGAUUUCACGUCUCAAAUUUCUGCGUUGAAGCUCGGGGAUCCAUGCACAUCUGGUUCAUUUGGUUCCGUUUAUCGGCGCACCAUCAAUACCAGCGAAGGCACAAAAGAGGUCGCAGUAAAGGUGUUCAAGAUCGAUCCUGGGAGAGCUGUAGAGAAAUAUGAGAAGGCAAUGCUUCGGGAACUCAAUGUGUGGAUUAGACUGUCGAAACACCAAACUAUCGUACCGCUACUUGGCACCGCACAUGUCGGGUCUCCGUGUCCUGCUCUCGUUUCACAAUGGAUGCCCUCCGGAACAUUGUAUAUCUACCUUGAGCAGGCUACAAUCACCGCUUGGAAUAAAGUGGAAUUGGUCAGGGGCGUUGCCGAUGGCCUCGGAUAUCUUCACUCGGAGAAUGUCGUUCACGGAGACCUUCAUCCCGCAAAUGUUCUUAUAGAUGGUGCGGGGAAUCCACGUCUCACAGAUUUCGGUCUCGCAACAGUUGUAGGGGACGCAGAGUCGCAGCUGAAUACAACAACCGCAAACCGCAGCUUCAAUCCUCAAUGGCGUGCGCCUGAGGUCAUUGGAAUCGACCCAGAGGCUGAACUUGUACGACCGAAUUUUAAGAGUGAUGUAUAUUCUUUUAGUGGUGUCAUGUUCUUUAUCAUUUCGGGGGAUAUACCGUGGAAAGACAAGAAAAACUCAACUCAUAUCAUCAUUGAGCUAUUGAAAAGAGCGACUCCUGCUCGUCCCGACAACUUUCUUGACGAUCACUGGAACUUGAUUCAAAAAUGCUGGUCUUGGAACCCAGAUGAUCGCCCGGAGGCAACGGAAGUCAUUAGAUUCUUUGUACCAGUGGCACUAGCAGAAGAUCUGACAGGUCAGAUCUUCGGUACGAUAAACGACUACGUCACCUGUGGUAGAUUCGGAAACGUUUACAGAUGUGAAUGGGGACGGCCGUCGGGCCCUGUCAAGGUCGCAGUAAAAACCUUCAGGCAUCCCACGAAUUGCAUCUCAGAGCAGGACUUAAGAAGGUUUCGACGAGAAACUGCAAUAUGGGCACACCUCAUCCACGACAAUAUCGUCACACUUUAUGGAACGACAGAGGGUUUUGGGUCAACCACAGCCCUUGUCUCCCAGUGGUUUCCGGACGGCACGCUGUUCCGUCUGAUCACAGAACAGGGUGCUACAUUAACCAUUAAGUCCAAAUUGAAACUGCUUCACGACAUAGCAUCUGGGCUCUUCUAUCUUCACUCUUUCCCCGUUGUCCACGGUGACAUUAAGAGCUCCGACGUUUUGGUAGAUCUCAAGGACGGAAAAUACACGGCUUGCCUAACGGACUUCGGUUUGUCCAAUGUCCUCUGUGGACAUUUAAAUGGCCGCCCAGUUGAAGUAUCAGAUGCUCAGCCUGGUGCAAUCAGGUGGACUGCGCCUGAGUUGCUCAGGCCACACGAUCCCCCUUCCGAUAUCAAACCGACCACGCAGAACGACAUGUACUCUUUUGGUCGUGUCAUGUAUCAUUUGUUAACUCUGACUGUUCCUUGGCAUGACAUUGACGAGUAUAAAGUCGUUCAAAAAAUUCUAAAAGGAGAGGAUAUCCCGCGCCCUGAGGUAUCCGAGGCGACAUCUGACGUCACAGACGCCCGUUGGAAUCACAUCGAGCAGUGUUGGUCAAUUAAUCCAUCUGCUCGUCCAUGUGCCCUCACGGCCAUGAGCUUCAUAAGGGGGGAACUAGAGGCUUUGACACAAGAUGAUGUCCUUGUUGGUGAGGUGGAGGAAAGCGAUGAAAGUACAUACUUGGUCGCGGAGCAGGCUGGUAUUUCGACUGCACCGUCGUUUCAGUACUCCUCGCGAAGCCUUGUUCCGUCACCCAAAACUGUUCCCUCUAGUCCUCGGGCACACCAUCUCUUUUCUACGGUCUCGUCGCUGUCGCUUGCAGGUCCUUUGAAUGUGUUAUUUUUCGGGGAGACUGGAGUUGGGGAAAGUUCUAUUUUCAACUUGAUUAUGGGACGCGACGUUGCACAGACGUCGCCAGAUUCAGAACCCUGCAAUCUCGAACAUACCUCCCCCGAAAUCAGUCUUGGAGAUCGCCACUUCAAACUUUGGGAAGUUUCCUCACUCAAAUCAAUGGGUUCUUUGCGGACCUUUUGGGCAAAACGGCGCCUCAAACAGUCGUACGAGAAGUUGUACAGAGAUGACGGAGUCCAUCUUAUCUUGUAUUGCAUGAGGGGGUCGAGUGCCCAGAAGGCACUGGCCAGGGAUUAUAAAAAUUUCACUGACAUCGUGGGCUCUACCGCCGGGCCAGGGCGCGUACCAGUCGUCGCUGUGGUCACCUUCUUGGAAGAUUAUACGGACAUGGAUAACUGGUGGGUGAAGAACAAGGACAAACUGGAAAGCCUUGGGAUGCGGUUUUCCGCACACGUUUGCAUCAAUUUGCUCCCCGACGACCCGCAUGCAUCACCCGCAAUGCGCGCACGCCGACAUCAGUCGGAGCAAGCCGUCCAUAGCCUAGUUUGUGAAAAGUUGACAAGCUUACUUGCGGAAUACGGUUAUUGAAUGUUAGUCUGUAGGGCUGGGCCACUACAGUGGCUACACGUACUACUUUAUAAUGCUUGAGGGUACUCCAGCUAAUAAACCGCUGUUCUUACAAUAUUUGUAAUUGCUUCAGUCUCCCCUUGUUUGUCACCACACAAUAUAAUUUACUACAUACGACAUGCAUAGCAAAUACAAAGCGUAUAAAACGCGA